AUGUUCACUCUGCGACAAAUCCUUGACAAGUUCCGGGAGUACAACCUGCAAACACACCAUUUAUUCAUCGACUUCAAGGCGUCGUACGAUUCAGUCAAAAGAAAGGAACUUUGGAAAAUUAUGCUAGAACACGGCUUUCCGGCGAAGCUAAUAAGACUGAUUCGUGCAACGCUCGACGGAGCAAUAUCAAGCGUGCGAAUAGCUAACGAGACAUCUGAAGCUUUCGUUACGUUGGAUGGAUUGAAGCAGGGCGAUGCUCUCUCGAACUUACUGUUCAUCAUAGCGUUGGAGGGUGCUGCUCGAAGGGCAGGCGUGCAAAGAAACGGAACACUCAUCACUAAAUCGCACAUGCUGCUUGGAUACGCUGACGACAUCGACAUCAUUGGUAUCGAUCGUCGUUCAGCCCGAGCAGGGGAGGUGUGCUUGAAGGAGGAGCAGGUGCUCGACUGGCCAGGUCGGCAGACCAAUUCCCGUUUUUAUCUGAGCGGCGGCAAGGACAAGAAGCUGGGUACCGGCUUUAUCGUGCGGGGCAAGAUGCAGGAUCGCGUGUUCGGCUUCACGGCGAUCAGCGAGCGGAUGUGUAAGUUGAGGAUAAGAGGCCGUUUCUUCAACUACAGCAUCAUCAACGUGCACUGCCCCCACGAAGAAAAGACCGAUGAUUAG